CUCUGUUGGAGUCGGAGUUUUUCCUUGUCUUUACACCAUCUCUGUAGUCAAACCACAAAGGGGAGAGUGAUAACAUGAAAACUGUAGCUUUCCACUUUAUUCCUUUUCUCUUUCUAGUUUCAGUCAAUCAGUUAAAUAUUGUUCAAACAUUUAUGAGCACACUGCUGGAUUCUCUGACGGCAUUUAAGUAAUUGUAGCAGGCAGAGAGCUUCCAGUCUAGUUGGGGAAACAAGACCUCCAGCUGUGAGUUUAAGCAACAGUGCCCAGCACACAGAAGGUGCUCAGUAACUAGGUGUUGGAUGAGUGGGUGAAUAAAUGGAUGGAUAACGUAACCCACCAAAGUCCUAAAAAGCAAGGAGAAGAGCUGGGGAGGACCUGAAAGGUGCACAGUCCUCGAUGGAAACAGACACAGAGGUGAUAGCACCCCCGGAGUGCCCAGGGGCCUGGAGCAAGAAGGCAAGAGGUCCCAGUACUCUUGGGGAUUACCUGCGUUAGUGAUUUGCCAUCCGUCAGUGCAGCUGAAUGAUAGGAAACCAUAUAGAUACAGACUGAGAAGAGUAAGCAAGGAAACUGUAAUUCUCUGCUCUUAGGGGUAGGACAAGCAUGAAAGCGGGAGGGAAGGAGGCAGGCAGACAGACAGACAAAAGGGAAAGAUUGCUUGUAAAAUUGCUGUUGGGAGAAAUGCCAGCCAAGUCACCCCACUGUAAAAGUCUGUCUCUUGGACUUGAGAACCAACUAUAUUGCAGCCCUGUACUAGGAGCUAGGAGAAGGCAAGGGGGAGAAUUAAAGAGAUACGGGACUUGGCCCCAACCCUUUAGAGAUCCCACCAUGCACAGGAAACAGUGAAAUGAUGUGAAUGCCCCACCCUACCAUGAUCAAGUGCAGGGAUAAGCCAAGGAAUUGUGAGACAGCGAGAGCAAUGUAGGCCUGAGUUGCUGAGAAGAAGGCUUCUGAAGGGGAAUUUAGAUAAUGGGCUGUGUGCAAUGUAAGGAUAAAGAAGCAACAAAACUGACAGAGGAGAGGGACGGCAGCCUGAACCAGAGCUCCGGGUACCGCUAUGGCACAGACCCCACUCCUCAGCACUACCCCAGCUUCGGCGUGACCUCCAUCCCAAACUACAACAACUUCCACGCAGCCGGGGGCCAAGGACUCACCGUCUUUGGGGGUGUGAACUCUUCGUCUCAUACUGGGACCUUGCGUACGAGAGGAGGAACAGGAGUGACCCUGUUCGUGGCCCUUUAUGAUUAUGAAGCACGGACGGAAGAUGACCUGAGUUUUCACAAAGGAGAAAAAUUUCAAAUUCUGAACAGCUCGGAAGGAGACUGGUGGGAAGCCCGCUCCUUGACGACCGGAGAGACGGGUUACAUUCCCAGCAAUUAUGUGGCUCCAGUGGACUCUAUCCAGGCAGAAGAGUGGUACUUUGGAAAACUUGGCCGAAAAGAUGCUGAGCGACAGCUUUUGUCCUUUGGAAACCCAAGAGGUACCUUUCUCAUCCGCGAGAGUGAAACCACCAAAGGUGCCUAUUCACUUUCUAUCCGUGAUUGGGAUGAUAUGAAAGGAGACCACGUCAAACAUUAUAAAAUUCGCAAACUUGACAAUGGUGGAUACUAUAUCACCACCCGGGCCCAGUUUGAAACCCUUCAGCAGCUUGUACAGCAUUACUCAGAGAGAGCCGCAGGUCUCUGCUGCCGCCUAGUAGUUCCCUGUCACAAAGGGAUGCCAAGGCUUACCGAUCUGUCUGUCAAAACCAAAGAUGUCUGGGAAAUCCCUCGAGAAUCCCUGCAGUUGAUCAAGAGACUGGGAAAUGGGCAGUUUGGGGAAGUAUGGAUGGGUACCUGGAAUGGAAACACAAAAGUAGCCAUAAAGACUCUUAAACCAGGCACAAUGUCCCCUGAGUCAUUCCUUGAGGAAGCGCAGAUCAUGAAGAAGUUGAAGCAUGACAAGUUGGUCCAGCUCUACGCCGUGGUGUCUGAGGAACCUAUCUACAUUGUCACCGAGUACAUGAAUAAAGGAAGUUUACUCGAUUUCUUAAAAGAUGGAGAAGGAAGAGCUCUGAAGUUACCAAAUCUCGUGGACAUGGCAGCCCAGGUUGCUGCCGGAAUGGCUUACAUCGAGCGCAUGAAUUAUAUCCACAGAGAUCUGCGGUCAGCAAACAUUCUGGUGGGGAAUGGACUCAUAUGCAAGAUUGCCGACUUUGGACUGGCCCGAUUGAUCGAAGACAACGAGUACACAGCAAGACAAGGUGCAAAGUUCCCCAUUAAGUGGACGGCCCCUGAAGCAGCCCUGUACGGGAGGUUCACAAUCAAGUCUGACGUGUGGUCUUUUGGAAUCUUACUCACAGAGCUGGUCACCAAAGGGAGAGUGCCGUACCCAGGCAUGAACAACCGGGAGGUGCUGGAGCAGGUGGAGCGCGGCUACAGGAUGCCCUGUCCGCAGGACUGCCCCAUCUCUCUCCACGAGCUCAUGAUCCACUGCUGGAAAAAGGACCCCGAAGAGCGGCCCACUUUCGAGUACCUGCAGGGCUUCCUGGAGGACUACUUCACGGCGACAGAGCCCCAGUACCAGCCUGGUGAAAACCUGUAAGACCCGGGUCUGCAGAGAGAGGCCUCGUCCAGGAGGCUUCCCCGCCCCCUCCCCAUUAGCUUCCAAUUCCGUAGCCAGCUGCUCCAAGCAGAGCAGCCAGAACCGUCCAGGAUCAGAUUGCAUGUGACUCUGAAGCUGACGAACUUCCAUGGCCCUCAUUAAUGACACUUGUCCCCAAAUCCGAACCUCCUCUGUGAAGCAUACGAGACAGAAUCUUGUUAUUUCUCAGACUUUGGAAAAUGCAUUGUAUCGAUGUUAUGUAAAAGGCCAAACCUCUGUUCAGUGUAAAUAGUUACUCCAGUGCCAACGAUCCUCCUCGUGCUUUCCUUUUUUUAAAAUGCAAAUCCUAUGUGAUUUUAACUCUGUCUUCACCUGAUUCAACUAAAAAAAAAAAAGUAUUAUUUUCCAAAAGUGGCCUCUUUGUCUAAAACAAUAAAAUUUUUUUUCAUGUUUUAACAAAAACCAAUCAGGACAGGUGUUCGUUUUUUUCUUUUUUGUAAACAUGAAUAUGUAUCAUAUAUCCAUCCCUGUACACACACCAUGUGGGUGCUAACGUGGAGACCGUGGCCAAGCUGGGCCACGAAGCUUCGGGACCCGGAGUGAAGAUUUUUCCGGCAAAAUCAGCAUAAAAGCACUGGUGUCAUUCUGAAAACCAGUGGCCUCCUUUUUGGCUUUUGCAAAGCAUGAGUCUUUCUUUCUUUUUUUCUUUUUGAUUUGGAUUGCACUUUUUGGUUCAUGACUGCACCUCUGGUGGCUGCUCCUUUGACUCUUCAGCAGCCCCCACGCUGACUUCCCAAGUUCUGUUUCCAGUAUUUGCUUCAACUUAAACUGUGAUUUGUUCUUGAAACUUAAGAGUUGAGCAUAUUUAAGCAAGCAAACGGCCAGUACCACCGGGGGAACUGGAAAACGGAUACCACACAAACUUCUUGUAUAAAAAUACGAAUGCUGAAGUGUUUCAGACUUUUUUUUAAUUUAAUAAACAUUGUAACCACAUUUAAAUGGUCUAAAACCCAUAGCAUUGUAGUCGUGGCAACCUGCUGAAUUCUCAUACAACUAAAACUUACGGGGAAGGUGAGGGUGGGGGUUGUACAUUUCCCAUUGUAAGAUAAGUGUUUUAAAUGUCCUGUACUGCUAAUGAAAUGACUUUCUCUAUGUCCAAGAGUUCUCCAGUGGAAUAACUAUGCACUACUUUACAUUUCACGGGGAUGCACAAAAAAAAAAAAAGUAUUACAUUUUUAG